GACCCUCUGGCCCGGGUCCCGCACGGCCAACAUGGCGGCCCCCUUGGCGCUGCGGGGCGCUGCGGCUUCACCUCGUAUCUUCCUCAGGGCGGGUGUUAGCCUCGCGCAGAGUCAAGGCCUCUGGAGAGCGGCGGCUGCUGAAUUGCAGACAGUUGUCAGAUCUCAGGUAUUAAGGCUAAGACACACCAGGGUUGCAACAACAAAGAAAAAUGUUGCUGCCUUAAGACGAGAAACUUACACAGAGGAUUUUAUUAAAAAGCAGAUUGAAGAGUUCAACCUAGGAAAAAGACAUUUAGCCAACAUGAUGGGGGAAGAUCCAGAAACUUUUACCCAAGAGGACAUUGAUAGAGCGAUUGUUUACCUUUUCCCAAGUGGUUUGUUUGAGAAGCGAGCCAGGCCAAUAAUGAAGCAUCCUGAGCAGAUUUUUCCAAAACAAAGAGCAAUCCAGUGGGGAGAAGAUGGCCGUCCAUUUCAUUUCCUCUUUUAUACUGGCAAACAGUCAUAUUACUCAUUAAUGCAUGAAGCCUAUGGGAAGCUACUAGAUUUAGAGAAACAUCAGAAUCAGCUGCAAGCUAAAGGUCUGUCUCCAGAAAAAGCAAAAAGCAUAGACCUGAUUGGCAGCAGAUGGCUGAUUAAGGAGGAACUAGAAGAAAUGUUAGUGGAAAAACUGUCAGAUCAAGAUUAUGCACAGUUCAUUCGGCUGCUGGAAAGGUUAUUGACAUUGCAGUGUGGUGCUGCCGAGGAAGAAUUUGUGCAGAGGUUUCGUAGGAGUGUAGCUAUUCAAUCAAAAAAACAGCUGAUUGAACCUGUGCAGUACGACGAGCAAGGAAUGGCCUUCAGCACAAGCGAAGGUAAAAGGAAGAGUGCAAAAGCAGAAGCUACUGUUUAUAAACAUGGAAGUGGAAGAAUCUCAGUGAAUGGAAUUGACUAUCUACUUUACUUUCCAGUGACGCAGGACAGAGAGCAGCUGAUGUUUCCCUUUCACUUCCUGGACCGGCUGGGGAUGCAUGACGUGAGUUGCCGCGUGACGGGCGGCGGGCGGGCGGCACAGGCAGGCGCCAUACGCUUGGCCGUGGCCAGAGCCCUGUGCAGCUUCAUCUCAGAGGAGGAGGUCGAGUGGAUGAGACAAGCUGGACUGCUGACUGCUGACCCCCGAGUCCGGGAGCGGAAGAAGCCAGGCCAAGAGGGAGCCCGCAGGAAGUUCACCUGGAAGAAGCGCUAAGCGUCUCUCCACAGCCAACACUGUCCCUGUGCCCGGCAUGUGGCAGGCACACAGUGACGUUUGCUGGCCAGUGUGGGAUCAUCAAACGGGGCUGCAAGAUCCUUUUUAAAUGUGACUUUGUAAAGAUUAUCUUAAAAAAAAUAAUAAUAAAUCAGUGUUUCACUUUA